UGUCUUGGUGGAAGUUUGAGUUAUCUUUGGUUCUGCGUCGCCAUUGUUAGUCCAUUUACCUCUGAGUUCCUUCCAAUGUGCCUGGAAUUUGAUCAAGCAGUAGUCUUGGGUUAUGUGGGUGCCGGUCGGGUGUUAUCUUUUAUUUCUUGGUGGUUCAGAAUUCGAAUUACGGUGAUCGCUAGGAUAAUGUAUAGGUGAUUCGGGCGGUUUCUUCCCAAAUGCAUGUCCAGGGGUAGUAUUAGUUUGACAGGAAAUCCAAUUUUAGGAUCGUCACUAAAGCUUGACAGUUCAUAUGAUCUUGACAUGUUACAUUGCUCCACUGACUGAAGUGUGCUGAACUUUCUUGUUUCAUUCUGUUGUUGGGUUUUGUGAUACAGGUUUGAUUUGUACCAAUGGCUGAUCCCGGAACUAGCAAACCGAAGUUGCAGGUCUACUUAGAUGCAGCGCAUGCAAAGUGCAGCAUAUGUUUAAGCAUAUGGCAUGAUGUUGUCACCGUCGGUCCUUGCCUUCAUAAUUUCUGUAAUGGAUGCUUCUCUGAAUGGUUAAGGAGAUCACAGAAGAAACAGUUGACGGUGCUGUGUCCUCAGUGUAGAGGAGUCGUGCAAUUUGUCGGGAAAAAUCACUUUCUACAUAAUAUAGAAGAGGACAUAAUACAGUCUGAUUCUUCUCUAAAGAGGUCAGAAGAAGAAAUUGUUCAGCUCGACUCCUAUGCAAUGAUUCACUCAAACAUUGUUAUUGAGACUGGAAAGAGUCAUGAGCAUAAAAGGCAACGUGUGGAAUCAGAAGUUCCUGAUGAGGAUUAUGCUGAGUUCUUGGAAAGAUUUGGUGUUGCUCCUCUUCAAUGCUUGCAAUGUGGCACAGAGUAUAAUGGAUUCCGCUGCAAUGAGGAUACAGUCCACUUAGAAUGUCAUGCUUGUGGUCGUGAAAUGCCUCUGAGAGUCAAUUCUGAUGCACCUCAACUCUGUCUAGGAUGUGACAGACCUUUUUGUGGUGCUUACUGGCCUGCUCAGGGAAAUCUCCUACGUUUUCCAUGCAGCUUAGAUAGUUUCAAACCGAUUUCAGAUCGGUCCAUCUCAAUAAUUCCACAUUUGGCUCAUGAAACUAAUCAAGUUGAGAAGGAUGUUACGGAUAGGUGUAUUAGACAGAUGGGGAGAACACUAACUGAUGUUGUCUCAGAAUGGAUGGUGAAGUUGGACAACGGAGAAAUUGUGAGUGUUACGAUAAGUUGGUUUCAUUUCUCUUGUACUGGUUCCGCAUUGCCACUCCGAAACAUCAUCUACCACCGGAUGCAGUUAACCGGUCUGAUUGCUGGUACGGCUACGAGUGCCGGACACAGCACCAUAACCAAGAACAUGCUCGUAGAAGGAAUCACGUCUGUCGUCCGACUAGGAGCUCAGGCAACAAUGGUGGCGGUGGAUCUGGUCCCAGCCUAGGAUGAUAGCAGUCAUCAUGAUGAUAAUGCUGUCUUUUUGGGUUUCCCAUGGCCAUGGUGUUUCUAUCUGUGUAGAUCAGGGCUGAAAGAAACUGAACUAUUGAUAUACUAUUAAUCGUAUUAUGAUCAUUCGCGGCGGUCUCGUAGUUCUGGUGUUGGACGUUGGAUGAUUGAACAUCGAUCCUACAGUUGAUUAGAGCAUUUUUUGAGGCUUGUGUAAUAUGUGGCUUGAUCCUUGAAUGCCCACAUAUUGCAGUAUAGGCAACUCUUCAUCUGCCCUUAAAUUUGUUUUUUUGUAUGUUUUGGGGGGUAGAUUGGUGAGGAUAUGAAAAUUAUAGUAUGAAAAUGAGAGAAGAUCCAUUUUCCAGAAAGUAAAAUUGAGGGAAGAGAAGGCACGACCAAAAGCAGGGUUAGGUGAAGCAUUUGGUGGAAUCGAUAAUAUAUAUAUAUAUAUAUAUAUCCUUUGAUCUUUCGC